GUCCUCAUCAUGUACCCGACCACACUGGCCGUCAUCGCGCUCACCUUCUCCAGCUACGUCCUGCAGCCCGUCUUCCCAAACUGUGUUCCCCCGUACAUGGCGACACGGAUGCUGUCUGCCACCUGUCUCUUGCUGCUGACCUGGGUGAACUGCUCCAGCGUCCGUAUGGCCACCAGGAUCCAGGACGUCUUCACGGUGGGGAAGCUGAUGGCGUUGGGCCUCAUCAUUGUAGUCGGUUUGGUCCAGAUCUUCAACGGGAACUACGAGGCACUGACUCCUCAGGUGGCCUUUUCUCUGGAGAGGACGCCGUCGGUUGGGCAGAUCGCUCUGGCCUUCCUACAGGCGUCUUUCGCCUUCAGCGGCUGGAACUUCCUUAACUAUGUCACAGAGGAGGUGGUCGAACCCAGACGGAAUCUACCUCGUGCCAUCUACAUCUCUAUUCCAUUGGUGACCUUUGUGUACACGCUCACCAACAUCGCCUACUUCUCCUCCAUGUCGCCCGAGGAGCUGCUGUCAUCCAAUGCUGUGGCUGUAACGUUUGGUGAGAAGCUGCUGGGGAUGUUCUCCGUCGUCAUGCCGAUCUCUGUGGCUCUGUCCACCUUCGGAGGAAUCAACGGCUACCUGUUCACCUCUUCCAGGUUGUGUUUCUCAGGAGCCAGAGAGGGUCACCUGCCCAGCUUGCUGGCCAUGAUCCACUAUAAGAAAUGUACGCCCAUCCCUGCCCUGCUCGUCUGCUGCAGUGCCACCAUCAUCAUACUCUGCAUUGGAGAGACGCACAAUCUAAUCAACUACGUCUCCUUCAUCAACUACCUGUCGUACGGUGUUACCAUCGCAGGUCUGCUGUACUACCGCUGGAAGAAACCCAACCUGUACCGACCCAUCAAGGUGAACCUGCUGGUUCCUGUGUGCUACUUGAUGUUCUGGGCAUUACUGCUGGGAUUCAGUCUUUACUCUGAGCCAGUGGUUUGUGGUGUUGGUCUAGUAAUCAUGCUUACUGGUGUACCUGUCUACUUCCUGGGUGUGCAUUGGAAAGAGAAACCAAAGUGUAUCUAUAACUUCAUUGAGAGGGCGACACACGUGGGCCAGAGGCUGUGUUUUGUGGUCUUUCCACAGCUUGAUCCCAUCGAGCUCGCCAGUCCUUCAGAGUGGACUGACCGCUCAUCAGGCAGGGGAAGCAUGUCUGUCAACUCUUAAAACUCUUAUCUGGACACAUAAACAUCUUUUCUCCUGUUUUUACACCAUCAUUAUGGAAGUCCAGAUGCCCGUUCCUGUUAUGGGAGCUUCCUGUCUGACCUUUGAACCUUCAAGACUCUGAUUUGUUUUUUUUCCUACAGUUGAGUGGAAACACCCACUGUUCUGUGUGGGCUGCUUGCACUUUUUUAUUUUGUUUGUUUAUUUUCAUCUACUUUUCUACUAAGUCUUCAAGUACAACAACCUAAUGCCAACAGUUUCAGGCUGUGAAAGGACUUUUUAUUUUGGACCCAUGUGUUCCUCCUUUGGUAACAUGACAGAACAGUGACUGACAGACUGACAGUGGCUGUUAUUCUUUCUGAAUAUUGCUGGUAUUUUAUUCUGCCUUCAGGUCUUUCCACACCAAGUCCAAAACCAAGUUAUAGUCAGAAAACCAUAGAGAACACAAAACUUGCACACUGUUUGUUAAAGUCACUCAAACCAGCUACUGGAGUAGAAAUGGCCAACCCCCAUCCAUCCAUCCAUCCAUCCAUCCCAGGUCACCACUGCGUCUCAGGGCCCUUUUCAGAUGCACCAAUAAAUGUUACUCUCAAUGAGAGUUUGCUACUGGAACAAUAUCCAGGCUAGAUGUUGUGCCAAGACUUCAGCUUUCAGAAAACUAAGCCAGCAUGCAGGAGCGGGCCUGAGUCCAGCUCGAUCCAGCAGCUGUAGAACCUCCAUCAGCAGCAAUAAGCUGCAGUGAUGUUUCCUGUGUGGCUUCAUCAGUCUGUCUCAUCACUGUGGAGGAGUUUGGUCCACUCUCCUUCACAGCGUAGCUUCAGCUCAGUGAGGUUUGCAGCAUUCAUUCCUGCUCAGCUCUCUGAAGCCCCCCCCCACAGCAUUCAGCAGGCUGAGGUCUGGACUCUGACUGGGCCGUUGCAGCACCUUCAUUCUUGGAUCAUCG